UCAACCCCUGGUUCUAAUGUAGCCCAGCUUCACUGUUUACUACAGAAUUAGUACCAUAGCGGACGACAGUCUUUCCCCUGAUCUGUGAACUCCGAGUCUGUGUGUAUAUAUAGACGUUUAUAAAAAGACAACCUUUCAGUUGUUGCACAAAAGAAGAAAAAUUAUCCAAAAAAACCUCAACAUGCCCAAGAGAAAGGGAGCUGAUGGAGAGGUGAAGGAGGAGCCUCAGAGAAGGUCUGCCAGGUUAUCAGCAAAACCGACUCCUCCUAAACCUGAACCCAAGCCUAAGAAAACACCUAAGAAAGAGAAGGAAGUGAACGAUAAGAAGGAGGACAAAAAGACGAAGGCGAAGAACGAGGAGAACAAGGAGGAGAACCAAUCGGAAAAUGGAGAGACCAAGACUAAUGAGGUUGAGAAGACUCCAGAGGCAGAGGGGGAGCCAGAGAAGGAGGAGACUAAGGCCGAGUAGCAUCUCACCCCUCCAUCCAUUUCUCUUCUUUCUUUUCCCAUCAGUCCGACUUAUUCUUCCCUCCCCAUCCCUCUCCCUACCCCCCUCCUUCCCUUUCUUCCCUCUUUUCCAGCAGGUUCCCAGACCCAGACGCUCUCACCACAAUCCAUCACCAGAGGAAUAUUUUUAUCAACAAUUUUGUAAAUACUGGUUCAGGUUUUUAGCACAAAAACGCAAAUGCGAACGAAGGGGGUUUUCAGAUGGGGUUCUUCUAAGUUGUCCCCAACACGAGCGGUGUGCAAAGGCGGCGCUUCAGUUUUGUCUUUGAUCUAUUUUUUUUCUUUUAAUUUGUUUUUAUUUUGUUUUAACGGACAGUCCUGUAUCUUGAGGCAUUGAACCUGUGUGUGUGUGUGUGUGUGUGUGUGUGUGUGUGUGUGUUAGUUAGCGAUUAUGUUCUUAUCUUGGAGUUUUUGCCCAGUUUGAAAUUUUUCUUUUAGGGGAAAAAGAUUGGUAUAAGAACUCUAGAUGUUAGCACCUCACGCUUUGGGAUAAAUCUCGGCACCAAAACGAUGCGAUGACACAAAGUAGAUCCGGUAAACUGGGAUUGUUUUGGUUUUGGGUGGGAAUGAUCUCUUUGUGGGACUUUAUUUUUUUUCUUUUUGGAAUUUAUUGGGUUUUAAAAAGAAAUUGAAUGUUUUGGGAAGUUUUUUUAAACACUGAGAAUUCAUUUGUGGAAAAAAAGUCGCGUGCCCUGAAUCUCACUCAAUAAAACCAUCAUUGGAGUUUUCCUCAAAAAAAAAAAAAAAAAAGACUUCUGUUUUUGACUUUAUUGUAUUUUCUUUUCUUUUUUUUUAAAUCAUGUUUGUUUCUAUAGCCUUGACAUUAAACUAUUCUAGAUCAGGAAAAAUGUAUUUAUACGUUAUAAUUGUAAACAAAUAUUUGCAGUAGUCUCUUAUGUAGUCUAAAAAAAACAACACAUUUUUUUAUUUCCCUCCAUAUUCACUAAGCCCCGCCUUCAAGACACUGUUCAACUAGACUUAGGAUCUUCAAGGACAUUAAUCUGCCUGAAAGCCAAGUUACAAACAGCUCUAAAAACAUGGGGAUGUGAAGGGGCGGGUCUUUAAAAUGACUGACAAAAGUCCAAUACAAAUACAGUCAAUCGUUCCUGACCAGAAGACAGGUUUCAAACUGGAUUUUUUUUUAUUGCUUUUGAGUUAUAAAAUUUAAAUCACAUUCACUGAUAACUAUCAUGACUUGAUAAUAAAUAUAAUAGCUUUGUUAA